UCAGUCAGCGCAGACGUUUAAAAACUGCGGGAACUCCAAACGGUUUUCUGAGCAAACCUUUUAGUUUCAGUUUAGUUCAAACUUUAGAUUUUCCGGGACCCUCCCCACCCCACCACCUGAACGACGCAAACUUGGCGACUGAGAAGCGCGUGCGCUGAGCAGCGAUGGCAAGUGGGUGCCAUUUAGCCGGUGCGUAAUUACGCGCGGCACAUCGGUGACGCACAGCCGGGAUUCCACCCAAACUGGCUUCAGGGACAUUCGUUGGUCUCGUGUGAUCUGGGAGGACGGGGCCUCUCUGAGUUGCUGAAGUCAGCUCUCUCCUCUUCUCUUAAGUGCUGCGUGACGCUGCCUGCGCCUCAGAUGCUCCACGGAUCGCUCUCUCGGUUCUCUGAAAGGGUCAACCCUCUCAGCAGAGAUGCGCAUGCUGAUCGACGCGCGUCCGCGCAGACAGCGGGUUGAGCGCCACUCCAUGAGACCGCGCCAACUUUCUUCCCGCGCCCUCCGCGCUCCUUAAACAAGAAGAGUCCCUUUGAAUCCGAUGGCAGCCAGCCGCGGAGUAGUCCGGGAUCGCCGCCCGCUCCUCUGGGACUGACUGCAGGGCCAUGGCUCCUGAGGCGGACCGGCAGAAGAUGGACUCGUUCUACAUCGCUAUAGAGGUUGUCAUCGCAGUUCUCUCCAUAUCUGGGAACGUGCUGGUGUGCUGGGCGGUCGCCAUCAACAGCACGUUGAAGAACGCCACCAACUACUUCCUGGUGUCUCUGGCCGUGGCGGACAUCCUGGUGGGCUGCCUUGCCAUCCCCUUCGCCAUCACCAUCAGCAUCGGGAUGUUUCUGGAUUUUUACGGCUGUCUCUUUCUCGCCUGCUUCGUCCUGGUCCUCACUCAGAGCUCCAUCUUCAGCCUCCUGGCCAUUGCGAUUGACAGAUACCUGGCCGUCAAGAUCCCGCUGAGAUACAAGGAGCUGAUGACGGGGAAGACUGCCAGAGAGAUUGUUGCCAUUUUAUGGAUUCUGUCUUUUGUCAUUGGUCUCAUCCCAUUCUUUGGGUGGAACUUAAAGAACAGGAGGUGCAACAACAGUUCUGGAAAGAACACUACGAACUAUGAAGAGACGAAGGACAGAGGGCACUUACUGCAGAGCUGCAAGGUCACAUGCAACUUCGAGAUCGUAGUGGACAUGGAGUACAUGGUAUACUUUAAUUUUUUUGUCUGCGUGCUGCUGCCGCUACUCAUCAUGCUGGGCAUCUAUGUGAAGAUUUUCAUGGUGGCCAGGAAACAGCUGAGACAGAUUGAGCUCAAGUGUGUGGGCAAUGGCAAAAGUCAGAACCAGGGUCUGCUGCAAAAGGAGAUCCGCGCUGCCAAGUCUCUCUCCAUCAUUGUGGGACUGUUUGCCGUCUGCUGGCUGCCGGUUCACAUCCUCAACUGCCUUACACUGUUCUACAAGGAUCUGGAGAGGCCUCCGGUGGUCAUGUACGUGGCCAUCAUCCUGUCUCAUGCCAACUCUGCAGUCAACCCCAUCAUCUACGCCUACCGCAUCCAGGAGUUUAGGAACACUUUCCGCAAGAUCCUGAGUCAGCACUUCCUGUGCCGCAGGGAGGAGCUCUACCUGAGCUCCAACGGCAGCAGACGCGACCGAGACCAGAUCCACAUGACCAUCGACCCUCUGCUGUAAACCUGCAUCCGCUCUGCUGUUUGGUCCCCAGUUCUUUUUUUUAAUGUUUACAAAAGGAGUUUGAGAGGACAGAGCUCGAUGGCACCCUGAAGGUGGUGCUGUAUUUAUGAAGCGUAGUGAAGGUUAGGAGCCCGAAACAAGCUCAGCAGCAAGUCUUACCUAACUGUUGUACAUGUUUUUUAACUGCUAACUAGACAUGUUGGACUAUGAAGAGGAUUCAAACUCAGAAUGCAAUUUCUCAUUCUGGUGUCAACGUCAGCUCACUCCUCUUUCUGACCCGCUGCUUUCAGUCAGCCAUAAUGGUGAAUUAUUUAUUUGUUGAAAAAAACAAAAGUGCUUUAGAAUGUAACUAAAGCUAGACCUGUACUUGUGGACCUCAAGGAAGCGCUGUGGUCAUCUGUGGUUUGUUUGGGUUGUGAACCUCUUAAAACGAAGGCAUUUCCAUUACCGCCUUCCCUAAAGAACGAAAUCUAAAAAUAUUUCAUUUCUUCUUCUAAUUGCAACUAGCUGCAGGGUUUGACAGCACAUCAGAAAGAAGGACAUUUCUUUGUACAGCAGGGCUGUUGUUCAGCUAAGUGCAAUGAUCUUUAAAUUGAGUCUGAGUUCAUUUUUUAUGCCCCACAAGUGUUUCCACGCAGUUUGAAUGGAGUAUAAAUAGAAAUGACAAGUCCUUUCAACAAUAGAUUACUUUUGCUUAGUUGUGCCAAAUUCAGUUCAUAUUUCAGAUAGUCAAGUUUAUCGUCAGGUUUCUUUAAAAUUCAAAACAUUUUCCUAAUUAUUUUUUUGAAUUUCAUUUCACCACCAAGACAACCUGGAUUUUAAAAAAUGGGAAAUUUUAACUAAAGUAUUCACAAACAUUCCAGUUUUCUUUAACUUUAAUCUAAUGAAACAAACAAAGUCUCUAUAGAGACUUUAAAUAACUAUUUCUGAACUGUGCGAUGCACCUGAUUAUUCCCAGUUUUAAACUUUUGAAAAAUUGGUAUUAAAACGAUUCAGGGGAAAUCAAAAACAAGUUUUACUAAAUAAAAGUUGUACCUCGUAAUAAAAUGAAGAAUGUCAAACAUGUCAGUCCUUAUGUCUGAGAUUCAUAGCCCAGCAGACACACAAAUACACAUAUUUGUCUUGGCAGGUUUAAAUUUGACUUCUAGACAAUAUAUUUUCUCCCUAAAAAGUUCCUGAACUACAAAUGUCCCAAACUCAGCUCAGUCUGGCAUUGCAACUCUAAACCAGCCACUGAUGCUUAAGUCAAGUCCCUCUUUGAUCUUAAUGAAUAACAGAAAUUGUCUAAAUUUUAAAUUAAACUUCAAAAUAAUUAGUCUCUUAAAGUAAAACUUGUAAACACAUAUUUAUUACUUUUACUGCCCUGAUUUUACCAAUCCGGACAUUCAACCAAACACCUGAAUUGGCGGUUUCAGUUUCAGAAAUGGCUUUCUUUACAUUUCAAGUCAUCGUGAACUUUUUGUCCUAAAUCAUCUUGUCCUGCAGGAAAUUUGUCAAAAAUGAAAAUCUUUAGUUAUUUGAUUCUUUUAGUUCCCUAAACUUUAUUUUUAGUGAAAUGGUUGUUACUGGCGAGCCUGUGUGAUUGUCAGGUCCAACCUAGUACAUACAUUCACUUCCAGCCACAUAAUCCACAGUUUUGUUCUGAUGGGAAAAAGAAUCAUUAAGAGGUUAGAGAAGGGUUAGAAGUAUGUGCAUCAUCCCGUGACCACAGGCAUAAAACUGAUGCACUGCUGGGUUUCUGUCUGCUAGUGGAAGCCUCUGUGGCUUUCAUUUCAGCACGAUUCACCCUCAGCUGCAAAACUCAGCAACAACAGUUCCUGUACGACGAGCCAUCGAUGACGUGCUGCAACCUGACACAACCUAUGUGCAUCAGUCAUCAUUAACCUGAGCUCGGGGCACACAUGUACCUUAUGUUUAUGUAUUCAGCGCCUUUAGUCUUUCUAGUUCAUCUUUAAGCUUCCUUCGACACCCCAGUCAGCCCUCUUCUAUUGCCAGUCAAGCAAAUGCUGAAAGGAAAUUAACUUUCAGGACUGCUGAGCCCUGCAUGGUCCUCUGUGCCUACAGACAAGCCAGGAAAUCCAGCUGAUGGGAAAAAGAGUCAACACAAAGCAGAUAAGGUAAAGCAGACAUUGUCACAGAGUUGGGUUGUUUGGCCCCACAGUGGAUCAUCGCAGUGAGCACUGAGUCAGAACUUCUGCUGUGUGUCUGGGGGUGUAGUUGAUGAGGAUGCUGGUAAAAGCACAUUUCAGCCACACCAGAAGGUCUCUCAGGUCCAAGCAUCGAGCAUCACUACAGACAAGAAACACUUCCUGCUUCACAGCCCCCCCCACUACAAGGGCUAAAACAUUACUGUGUCCACGCUUUAGCACAUUCCAACGGAGACGUCUAUACUGUAAACACUAAAGAGCUCUGUGAUGUCAUGUUGUUAUCUUUGUUGACAGUUAGUGAAAAAAAUGACAAAGUCUUCAGCUUCCUUUAAGAUGUCACAGUAAAAACUACUGCCUCCUCCUUCAGAUUUACCUGUAAGACCACAGAAAGCUGAGCUGGUUCAGCAUUCCCAAGUUUGUCCGUAUGCCAUGUCAUUAAUAAUCAGGAAAUCUGCUAACUUUCUGUAUGCUUGGUGAAUUAUUUUGUUAAUAAAGGCAAUGUUUAUAUUGUUAAA